AUGGGCGGCACCACCGACCGGAGCUCCGCAGAGACAUGGCAGCGUGUCGUGGCAGCAAUCAUCGCGAGUGGCAUCAAGGGCUCUGACUCUCUGCAGAUUGAUCUGAAGGUCACCGCUACGUACUACGGCACCACUUACGACACCCUCGAGAACCGCUUCCGCAAGCUCAAAAAGGAUGCCGCCGAGCUCAAGAAGGAAGUUGAGAGUGGUCAGCGAGGUGAAGUAGCCGUGCCCGCUCGCACCAAGUCUGCACCUACGACUCCACGGAAGCCAAAGACUCCAAAGAAGGAUGCAUUGAGUGCGGUUGCGAAUGGCCGGAUUGGCAAGACAACUCCGUCUAAGAAGAACAAGACACUGGUUAAGAAGGAGAACUCGGACGACGGCAUGUCUCCAAUGUCAGUCGAGCCGGCGAACCCCCACAUGGACAUCGGCCACCAGAUCUUCGACUUCGAGGGUGUAGAUGUGUUUGACGGUAUCUGA